AUGUCGAGCAAAGGCAUCGUUCUUGUCAGCGGCAUCAAUGGCUAUGUUGGCGGUCGAACCGUCGAGGCUCUGCUCAAAGCGGGUUACCGCGUUCGCGGGACGGUUCGAUCAAUACCUUCAGCCCAAGCGACUGUCGAAGCAUUAGCCGGAUAUGAGCAAAACCUGGAGAUUGUUGAGGUCGCAGACACAUCCGUUCUCGGCGCUUUUGACGAGGUUGCCAAAGGCGUUGAGGGCAUUGCCCAUCUGGCCCAGCCCGUCACCGACAACUUUGGAAGCGAUCCGCAACGUGUUAUUAGCCAGAUCAGAGACGCCACGACGGGUCUUCUGGAGUCGGCUACCAAAGUUGGGUCCGUCAAGACGGUAGUCCUGAUGUCGUCAGCCGUGGCCGUGUUCUCUCCAAAGGAUCACCCGUACAUCUACACCGAAAGGGACUGGAGUGACUCUUGGGUGGAGAUUAUGAGAAAGAUGGGCGCCGAAUCGCCUCCGGGGCUACCGUACUUGGCAAGCAAGGUGGUGGGUGAGAGAGCCUUUUGGAAGUUCCGGGAUGAAAGGAAGCCGUCGUUCUCAAUGACUGCUAUCAACCCUUUGCCUCGCUCCCCAAGCAACAUCUCAAGCUCGUGCAUGUUCAUCUGGAGAUACUUGAAUGGUGAAGAGCUUGUGGGGCCCAUGCCGGAUUGGGACUACUGGGUUGAUGUCCGGGACGUGGCGAAGCUGGUUGCCUGGGCCUUCGACCAUGGCGACGAGGCGGACGGCGAGAGGUACAUCUCAAAGACGACAUGGGCGCCACCUCAAGCGACGGCCGACAUUCUUAGGCCAGCGUACCCUACUCUUUCUAUAAAGCAGGGUCGUCCAGGCGAGGGUUAUUUGCCAGGUUGGAAGACACCGCGGGAGACUGACGUUGAUGGAUCCAAGGCGCUGAGGGUGAUUGGUGGAGACUACGUUCCAUAUGACCAGUCCGUCUUGGAUACGGCAAAAUCCUUUGAGCCGUUGAUGAGAAAGCUUUGA